CCGCACUAGAGACCCUCCUUUCUGUAUGACAAAACAAGAGAAAGGAAAACACAUACACACAGUUGACAGCUCUACCCAAGAAUGACCGUCCCUCGCGUUUGGAUUUGUCUGUUCGUGUGGACAGCAGCGGCCACGCUGACCACCUCAGGAGCGACGUCAACCAUUCUCUACCCCAAAGUCAAUGGCACGGAGAGUCUUACCUGUGAAUGUCCGGAUCACGCUUGCCAGGAGGUGUUCUGGUACAGAUAUCUCGAGAAGAGUAACAGUCUUCAGUUUCUUCUGUAUUUCAACAGCGCUGGCACCUUCGAACACGGUAACAUGGCGGAUAAACAUCGCUUUAAGGGCUCUGCGUCUUCAGGACAGAGACCCAUUUAUUUCCUCCGUAUCACAGGACUCCAGAAAGAUGAAGCUGGUCUCUAUUCCUGCAUGUUUAAAAUGAAGAUAAACACGAUUCCUGAUGGAUAUUAUAUUAGACCUGGAGUGAACCCUCCAACGCUUCAGCCACCAACGGUCAAGAUCGAGAAGCCCAAGCAGUCUUGUAGAUCAUGUAAACCUUUCUCUCCUAAAGGCUGUAAGCGCUCUGUGCUUUGGCCGGGCAUUGGUGCUCUUCUGCUGUUGGCUGGUAUUCUUGCGGGCACACUUUACUACUUCAGUCGUCUACCUAAGAAGUGUCGACAUCAAUUUGCUAAAACAAAUCAAUUGCGAUGAGGAUGCAUUUCAAGUACUUCGCCUCAAAAUAUCGUUGUGGUCUUUUGUUGUUAUCACAGUAUAUUAUUAGUGGAUUAUAAUCUGUAAAAAUGAUUGUUCUGUCCAGUUUGCAUCAUGACUUUUGCAAAUUCCAUGAGCUCUAAAAUUGUGUUCAGUCCCAUUCAAAUUCUGCCAUAGGGAAGUUUGAAUCUGACUUUUGGAACAUUUAGGCAUAGUUCACUCAAAUAUCAAUAUUGCGUCAUUUCAAAGAUGUAUCAAGUCCUUUCUUCUGCAGAACACAAAAGAAAAUAUUUUGGAGAACAUUAUUGGUUGGUAACCAAACAGCAUUCGACUCCAUUGUCACUUCUCAAAAUAUCUUCCACAGAAUAAAGAGUCAUAAACAAAUUUGGAAUGAAGUGAAAUAAUGACUGAUAAUAAUUUUUCAGUAAACAAUCCAUUUGACCCUGUUUCUAUAAUCUUUAUUGAACUAAAUUCUGUUCUUGAUUGUAAAAGCAUACACGGUACCUUUUCAUUAUUAUCAGAACCAGCACAGCAUGUAGAUUUUGUAACUGAAUGUACAGUUUUCUCAUUUAAGAAUAUUGCAUGUAUUGUAUGUCUUUUUUUCUCUUUAAACUGUUAAUAAAUCUUAAA